UGAAUAAUGCCGUUGUAAACGUGUUUGGAGUAAAUAGCCGUGUUUGUUACCUGCUCUCCAGGUAACCGGUCAUCCCGCCGCGUCGUCUUCUACUAUGCCACUUUUCCUUUUCGCGCUCCAAACCCUUCUUCAUCGAUUCCUCCAACUCAAAGAAACCCUAAAAAAACUGCAGAUAAUGAAGAAGAAUUAUCCAUGAGAAGAUCGACUUCACCCUGCAAAAAUCCAUCAGCAAUGAAAUGUUAUUACCCCCAAUUUACCCUUCAAUUUCUUCUCUUUUUACUCAUUUCCUCUAACAACCCUCACUCGACCCUUAUCGGUGCUAACCACACCUCCGCUCGAUUCUGUUCCCGCUAGUUCAAUUCAUACCCAACCCAGUUCAAUUCAUACCCGACCCAAUUCAAUUCACGAUGGAGCCGUCCACUGGAAAACGUGGCUUCUUCCGAAACGUUAUGGUUCGAUUUUUCGUUUUCUCUCUUCUCGUCGUCGGCGUUAGGUUUGCUUAUGUUAUCACCAUUCGUGGCGAAUCUUGUCAUGUCGGCGAUGAGUUAUGUUUUUUCUCGUCAUCUAAUUUGAUUGAAAAUCAAAAACUCGUCACGGCCGCCGGCGUCGGACACGUUGGCUCGUCGUCUUCGGUUAUCCUCCACCCGGCUGCUGCAUCGUCGCCGGAGUUUCAGAAACGGGUGAUGUUCUAUAUCACCGUGUUUCAGGAUCUGAUCGUUGAUGGAUUUCUAUCGACGAAAUCGAAGUCUCUUUGCGUCGAAACCCCCGUCGGCGACGACGUCUACGCUUUGAAGGAGAUUGGCGUUGAUGACGCCGUGGGGAUUUACAAGAAAGCGGCGAAGCCUUUGGUGAUUAAUGGGUUAGCGUUUCGGCAGCCGUUUAAGGAUAAUACGUUUGAUUUCAUAUUCUCCGGCGCAGGUGGAUUGGACCGAUCGGAAAAGGCGUCAGAGUUUGCCGCAGAGGUUGGACGGACGCUUAAACCCGAAGGGUAUUUCGUCGUUCAUACAGCUUCCAAAGAUACGUAUAGUUUCAAUUCGUUUAUUGGUUUAUUUAAUUGCUGUAAAUUCAUACGUUCGCGUCACAUGGACGGAUUUGAUUCUGAUAUGACUGAAAUUCGAGAAAUUGUGAUGAAGAAACAGAAUCCCAUCAAAAUUAACAAAAAACCCAAUCAAAUUUUGAGCAACAAAUGCGUUGUUCCUGGCUAUAAACAAGAUUUAGUCAGGAGAGCUGAGCCAUUGAUCACAAAAGAACCAUUGAAACCAUGGAUCGAGUUGAAGAAAAACAUUCAGAAUGUGAAGUAUUUGUCUUCAAUGGUGGAUAUCAAUUUCAAACAAAGAUAUGUAUACAUAGAUGUUGGCUCUCGCAGCUACGGUUCCAGUAUUGCUAGUUGGUUCAAGAAACAGUAUCCAAAGCAGAACAAAACCUUCGAAAUAUACGCCAUUGAAGCAGAUAAGCAUUUUCAUGAUGAAUAUAAAUUAAAGAAAGGCGUAACCCUUUUGCCUUAUGCUGCCUGGGUUAAGAAUGAGAGCUUAAUCUUUGAGAUUAAUCAAACCCCAGGUGACGAAAAUGUAGAAAAAGGGCGGGGGAUGGGGCGGAUUCAGGCUGUGGAGAUGGGUGGUGGUGGGAUUGUAGGUUCUGUUGAUGAGAUACAGGGGUUUGAUUUUGCAGAGUGGUUGAAGAGUAGUGUCAGUGAGAAAGAUUUCGUGGUGAUGAAGAUGGACGUGGAAGGGACUGAAUUCGAUUUGAUUCCAAGAUUAAUCGAAACUGGAGCAAUUUGUUUGAUUGAUGAGGUUUUUCUUGAGUGCCAUUAUAACAGAUGGCAAAGAUGCUGCCCUGGUGUGAGGAGUCCAAAAUACCAGAAGAGUUACAGCCAAUGUUUGGAUCUUUUCAAGUCUUUGAGACAAAGAGGAGUUCUUGUUCAUCAAUGGUGGUAACUGGUAAUAACCCUUUUCAUUCUUAUCAUCCAUACUGUAAGUGUUGUAAGUUUGAAUUCCUAUGCAUUCAUUUAGAUUUGCCACAGAACAGAAGUUCUUAUAUUUCAGUUUGAUCGUAUUAUGUUUAUAUGUUAUUUGGAUGUUUUAGUUUUCA